AAACAGUAAUCAAAUUUUUAUUUUAGAACACAGACAGUUGAGGUUGCAAGAGCUGAUGCAGAAAAAAUUAAAAUGAUUGGUGGAGCUGAAGCUUAUGCAAUUGAAGCAGUUGGUAAAGCAGAAGCUGAGCAAAUGAGAAUGAAAGCAGCUGCUUAUAAACAGUAUGGAGAUGCAGCUAUCACAAGUUUAAUAUUAGAUUCCUUACCUAAGAUUGCAGCUGAAGUUGCUGCUCCUCUUGCUAAAACUGACGAAAUUGUCUUGGUUGGCGGAGAAGGUGGUAUUACACAUGAAGUAAACAAAUUAGUUAGCCAACUUCCACCAACAGUACAAGCAUUAACUGGAGUUGAUUUAUCAAAGGUGCUUUCCAAAAUCCCUGGUGCCAAAUAGUGCAAAAGGUAUAUUGUUAUUUGGCAGUUUUAUUUACAAU